AUCCUUGAUGGUGUCUGUCAAUGCCCAUCAGAAGCAAGAUGCAUCACCAAUAAAGAAGAAAAAGAUCCGUGAAGAAGAGGUGGUCGAUGUGAUGAGAGAAAAAGCUGAAGAGAAGACAAACACAUGGGAGGAGGAAGAGAUGGCCAUACCACCCCCGCAAAAACGUCCCGGAAAACGGCCAGCGGGCGGCCAACAUGCAGAUUGUAGACGGCCAUUAACCGCCCACCCCACCCCUAAACAACUUGGUCGUCGAUUCACUACAGCCUCCAAGCGGAAGACUAAAAAAACAACGAGUGGCGGAGGCUACGGUAGUUCGGCGGAGGGAAGUGAAGCACCAAGCCAGUUCAUUUUGUCAAACAGGUCACGUGGAAUCAACCUCACCGGCGAACAAGAGCGCGAUGCCGUCGAAUGGUUUCAAGAGCAUGAAAUAUUCUACAAUAAGAAGUUGACGGACUACAAAAACACGGGGAAGAAAGCGCGUCUGCUGGAGGAGAAGGCGGCCGAACUCAGUGUGCAUGUUAACCAGUUGAAGACGUGGUAUGACGGCAUGCGAACCCGAUUUGCACGAAUUAGUUCACCACGCUCUGGUCAGGAGCCUGUGCUGGAUGAACUGACUGAAAGAGACAGGUGGAUAUACAACUCAUUUCAGUUUCUGCGGCCACACAUUGUGCGUGUCCCUAGACGUCAGUCCAAGACAUAUAGGAGGGAAGAGCAAGUACCACGACCUUCAACGUCCUCGAUUUCGAAUGUGCAGGUGUUGGCCGACGACGAGGCGAGCCGGGAAUUAGACACACCGCCUGCCGACACGUCUGUGGCUCCAUCAUUAGCUGCAACACCAGACGAACGCUCAAAACAGCUCCUGGAGAAGCUGUCUCAACAGUGCCAGCAGACCAUGGCCCUCCACAAUAGGUUAGUAUCUACCUUGCAGCCUCAGUCCACCCACGUCAAACAGGUCGCACACUUCAUGGCGUUUUUAGGAUCCCUGUGUGAGACCAUGACUCCAGCUGCCUGGAAGUCGUUUAUGAUCAAGACUCAUCAGCUUGCCCUUGAGCACACACCUCACUCGAACGAACUCCACCACCUUCACAGACAAUGACACACAUGCCUCCUCACCAUUACUACCCGCCCAGCCCCUACCACCCAUCGACACAACAAGCCCAGAGGCAACAAGUUCAACUUCUGCAGCAGCAACUGGCAGCUCUACAGGCCUAAGCCCCUCUUGUACCAGAAUCUUCCAUAAGAUGAGCGGUUUCAGUCAGCGAAUAAACUUUGCUUUGUCAGAAUCCUUAAUGACAGCGAUUAUUAGAAAGCAAAAAGUAUUAACAUGCAUUUCCUUAUGUCAGGAGUACCACUGCUCUGCAGACAAAAAUGCAUUUGCAGAUUGUGAUGCAAGUUAGUCAUCCUUUUCAAUACAACUGAGCAAAACAU